UAGGUAUCCCUAACAAACUUUGACACAUCCCAAAUAUCAGCCAUGGCAUCUCGCAUUGGUUUGCGGAUGCAGCUUAUGCGAGAGCAAGUACAACAGGAGGAACAACGGGAGCGCAUACAGCAGCAGACAAUGAUGCAUUACAUGCAGCAACAGCAACAAAUGCCAAUGGCUCCAACCCCAGCCAUCAACACACCAGUUCAUUUCCAAUCACCACCAUCUGUGCCAGGAGAAGUCUUAAAGGUUCAGUCCUUCUUAGAGAAUCCUACCACGUACCAUAUCCAAAGGUCACGAGACAAGAAGGUCCAAGAAUAUCUGUCUGAAACUUACGGGAACAAGUUUGCACCGCUACUUGGUGCUCCUUCUCCCAAGCCGCCUCCUUCAGCCUCCCCUGGGGUGAGACCAUGCCAUGCCAUGCCCUCUUCUGCAGGCAACAGCACUCCAAACAGUCCAAUGGCAAUGCUUAAUAUCAGCUCCAAUCCAGAGAGAGAGAUAGAUGAUGUCAUUGAAGAUAUCAUGCAGCUGACAACUACUGUGGGGUGUCUUAAUCCAGAAAUUCAUAUGCCCAAUACUUUGCCUCUGUCCAGCAGCCAUAUGAACGUCUAUAACAGUGACCUCCAGAUGACUCCUUCUGUGGUGGGCAUUACCAGCAGCUCCUGCCCUGCUGAUCUCACUCAAAAGAGAGAGCUUACAGAUGCCGAGAGCCGUGCCUUGGCUAAGGAACGCCAGAAGAAGGACAAUCAUAAUCUAAUUGAAAGAAGACGAAGAUUCAACAUUAACGAUCGUAUUAAGGAAUUAGGGAUGCUGAUUCCAAAAGCUAGUGAUCUAGAUGUGCGCUGGAACAAAGGGACAAUCCUGAAAGCCUCUGUUGAUUACAUCAGAAGGAUGCAGAAAGAUUUGCAGAGAUCACGAGAUCUUGAGAAUCAUUCUCGACGUCUGGAAAUGGCUAACAAGCAGCUUUGGCUUCGUAUACAGGAACUGGAGAUGCAAGCUCGAGUCCAUGGGUUACCAACCACUUCACCUUCUGGCACAAACAUGGCUGAACUAGCUCAGCAUAUUGUGAAGCAAGAAACUUCUGGAGAGGAGGGGACAGCAGAUCUCUUACAGCAACCACAACUCCAAGCUGAACAGGAAGCUCAGCACCUGCCUCACUUUGCUCCUCCUCCUCCUCAGUCUCCUUAUCAUCAGCUGGACUUUACCCAUAGCCUGAGCUUUGACGACAGUUGUAGAGGUUUCCAUGACCCGCUGGACCCUAGCCAAAAUGUCUCUUUCCCCUCCUUGUCCAAGAAGGAGUUAGACUUGAUGCUAAUGGAGGAUACUAUGCUUCCUGUGGCUUCUGACCCCCUGUUUUCCACUGUGUCCCCAGAGGCUUCAAAGGCUAGCAGUCGGAGAAGCAGCUUCAGCAUGGAAGACACUGAUAUGCUGUGACAGAAGCCCUCCAGGCAUAUUAGGAAUUCAAAAUUGUUUAUUUGUGAAGUGAAAAUUCUUCAUUUGACUUACCUGUUUAGAAUUCCUCAAAGACUUAUGAGGCUAAUAAGAAAUGGAUCCUGAAUCAGAAAUGGUUUGGUGGGAACGGGAGAACCCUUAGCACAAAGGUUUGUCCAUAGUUCUUGAAAUGUUAAUCCCUCACUUUCUCCUCUGGCUUGAUUUGCCAAAAGUGAACAAUCUGUCCUCAUCUUCCAUAACUGCACGAUGAAUAUGGUCAGUCUGAUUCCUGCAGGCCUCUCCUGUGCCCUGUGCUCUUCAUACUCCAGCCCCACAAAGCCAGUUAGAACAUUUUCACAACAAUAUGAUUAUGAACCACUCUGGACAUCCAGGUAGCUGUGCGCCCUUUUUGACAAGCAGCUUUAAUCAAGAUUUGGUAUUUGAAUGUCCAAUAAAUAACUUAAGGUCAACUGCGUCUGUUCCCACCUUUUGAUCUAUUAUCAACCGGCCAGUGGGAAUGUCUUCUUCAGGUGUACUUUCAUACUGGAGUUCUUUUUUGUAUUGAACAGGAACACUCAAUAUGUUCUUUAAUGGGAUGGGGGAUGUCACUAGUUAACUCUGAGUAAUGAUGGAUGGUGAUUUUUAAUCCUUUGAGAAAGGAAGACUGUAAUAACAUUCACAGAACAUUUUUAAUGUUUUCAGUUUCAAUUAAGGCUGGGAUACAACAGCUUUAAUUAAUGACUUGCACUUUGUUAGACCUUGAUAGUUUUUACCUAAAUUUUGGCUUGGGCCUCUCCACUGCUUUUCUGAAUCUUUUUUGGUUAUCAAUCCUUGACAGUUUAAUGGCCAUACAGGAAUAGAAAUGUAUGAGCAUCUGGAUGACUGCCACCAGUCAUCCAUGAGACUGGGCAAAUUGUUUUGCUAAUUUGAACUAGAUUUUACUUCUCUUUUUGUUGGUUUUUGCAUUUGAGUGGAAGAAGUGGGUGGUCUGAUAGGUUGGUAGUGUUUUUGUGUUUGAGAAGUAUCAAGUGAUAUUAUUUGAUUUAUACUAAGCUUGUUAGUCUAUUCUGUUCCUCUUAAGCUUCCAGCUUGUAUGAUUUAGAGUCUUAUUAUUUUGUUUCUGAAUUUAGGGCUAUGGAGAAACAUAGAUGAAUGUAUACUUUAAGUCUAAAGUCCACUUAAUAUAAUUAUUUAAAGUAGAGCAGCCAUAGCUCAGUAGUAAAACACAAAGGAUGCAUGCAUAAGAGUCUAGGUUUCAUUACCACUAUUUCCAAAUAAAUUUAUCUUGUAAUAGGACUGGAGAUCCAGUAUAAAUCAAAGCAGGUGAGACCUAGGCCACAUCCACACCGCUGCUUUGCCCUUUCAUUUGUAGCAAAGCCAGCAGUAAAUCUUGCUGCCUUAAUUCUUGCUGUCCCCACAGCAUACCUUUAUACUGCAUACAGAACAGUUCUGUGCUGCAGUGCUGAAAUACAUCAGUUUGUUCUAAAGACUGUGAUCAAUGGCUCUUGAUAUUCCAGCCCUGACCAUUUUCAUCAAAUGAGAAACACCCUUCACUUGGCAUGCCCAAUAUUCUGAUUACUCCAUGUGCUGAUUUCCAACCCCCCCUUUUCUUUUUCACCACACUCUUGACUGAAUGAACAUUUCUAUAUUUCUUGAAAUUAUGGAUGGAUGGUUCGACUAUCAACCACUAGAUGACAAUAGUAAAGAAUUUUUGUAUUGCUUGGCUGCCAUUGAGUGAUUGCCCAGAUUGUGCAACUAUUGGGCCAAUGCUGUUGAAACCUUAAAGUUUGAGUAAGGUAUUUUGUUAUAGGGAUUGGUAUAGGAGUUGCAUACUAUCUAACUAAUUAUGUUAGAAGCCAGGUCUCCUAAGACCAAAAAUCACUGGAAACAGAAUUCCUUCCGAGGCAGGCAGCCUAUAGAAAUACAAGUAGAGGAUCAUUUCAGUUGCACUUCUAAGAUGUCGUGUGUAUCAUGUAUACUUUCACAUAGUAUUCAGAAGCAGAAUAGAAUGGAGAACAUAAUCUUCAGAAUGGAGUAGCUAAAGUCAUCUUCAGAUUGCCUCACCUUCAGGUGAACAGUGAGACCCAGAUAGUGACAUAUGUACUAUGGGCUUUAGGCUAAGGCCAAGUAGGCACUGGCCAAGGAUGGGCUAUGGGCUUUAGGCUAAGGCCAAGUAGGCACUGGCCAAGGAUGCCAAAGCUUAGGAGACACCAAUAUUAUCCCUCCUUCCCGGUUACCCUGAAAAUGCAAAUCUUUGUGUUAAUAGCAGGAGAUACCAUCCAUCAAUGCAAUCUUGGGGUACUAUAUACCCUUGAGCUAGACUGUUGGCAUGAUUAGUGAGCUACCUGUAGAGGCCACAGGGAAUGUAGAGGUGUUGAAGGAAAGGAGGAAGGAAGAACUGCUGCAAAGGUAAGUGGGGCUUGAGCUUGGGCUAAGAAAUCUUGAGAAAGUAUCUUAGACAAGACCCACAUUAGUUCACCUGAAGAUAAAGUGAGGGAGAGGAAACACAUUCAGACUUGCAAGAUUCCGUUAUAAAAGGUCUGGCAAUAAAAAUAGUCCUGACCUAUAUUUCUUUGGUUUCUUAGAUUGGUAUCCCUUAUUGGGCUAAUGCUAUGCUUGCACCCAAACAAGAUACUAUAUGGAUUUGUUCCUAGAAAAACUCCUAGUCUAACAAUCUCAGUGUAUUCUGUCUCCUAGAAUGUGAUAUUUGUAGCUUUUUAGUAUACUUUUUGCUAUCAAAAAUUUCUCACUGACUUUUUUUUAAAAGUCAUUAUUGCAACUGUAGCAGUUCUUUUGUUUCUUAAUAGCGAGGAUGUGUUGAUCUGCAUUUAAUAGAAAUAAAGAGAGUGGAUACUUUGAUUCAAGAAGGAACAGUAUGAUAGGAAAACCAAGUUUCUUUCUUUUAAAGACUUUUAAUAUUAUUAUUAUGGUUGGUCACACAGCCAGAUAUAUACACUGGAUUUGGCAUUUUUAUCCAACUAUUCAGUUUAUUAUUAUUUUAUUCUUUGGAAUUUGUACAGUCCCUGCUCUGUAUCUCCAACAUGUGCAUUCUCAUCUAAAUAUAUAUCUCUAGUUUUUAGGGAUGGAUGGAGAGCUAGAUAUUUAGAUAAAUACAUAAGUGCAGCAGAAAAAUUAUAUAGCCUCCAAAGAAAUGAAAACAUUAUCUUCAUCUUGCAAAUUAACCAAAUUCUAUCAGCUAGGAAAAGACACUGCAGAAUCAAUUGUCACUAAUUGCAUUGUAAAUAAAAUCUAAUAUAUGCUUGUUUGGUGGUUGCAAGCAGCUUUCAUAUAGCAGUCACAAACACUGACACUGACAGGAUGGAAAUUCAAAUGUAGUGUUAGAAAGUAGUCAUAGAAAGAGUAGUGGAAGCUUGGAACCAACUUCCAGUGGAGGUAGUGGGUCAGUUAUCAGUAGCUGAUUUUAAACAUGGUUGGGAUAAACACAUGUCCAUCAUCUGACAAAAAUAAAAAAAGGGCAGACUCGAUGGACCACGAGGUCUUUCUCUGCCAUCAGUUUUCUAUGUUUUAACACAUUACAUGCAGGUCAGGGAGAUUAGAGAAGAGAGCCUAUCAUUUCAAUUGAGGAAUACCUGCUGAAUUUUGCCAAUAACAUAAUUUAAGAGAGGGCUUGAUGACCCAUAUGACUAGAAUAUUUUCAGUUCUAUGGGUUUGGAUAGUAUCAGUGAUAAUUUUGCAUUAAAAUAUCUGUGUUGUGAAAAUAUUUAAGCCUUUUAUGCCAAAGCAUUUUCUAUAAAGCUAUGCAAGAUUGCCAUUUGCUCUGUUAUUUCUUUUCUAAUGUACUUUUAGUUUUAACCCAGAAUACUUAAGGCUAGGAAGCCCAUGUUUCUUUGUGGCCAUAUAUGAAAUACGCCUUCAUGUGAUGUUUCAGAAUCUUUGGUAACUGAGAAAGCAAUGAAUGGGAUACACGUAGAAGUCCAGAGACUUUGAUCAACAGAUUUUAGAUAAGGUACAACUUUACUCUGUGGAGGAAUUUUCCUUUGGUAUAUUGUGGCAGUCAUGCAACCUUCCUCAGUAUGAUGUCUUCAGGUUAUGCUAAGUUAAGAAAUCCUUCAAUUCUCAUCCAGUAUGACUACAGCAAGCAGUUGGAGAAGCUUGCAUACGUAUUAUAGGCAUCUCUUGCCAGCAUAUUCCUCUCUAUACCUCAUUGUUAUUUUCUAUUUUAGUAUAUUUUUCUUCCUUAAGGUCUGCACAUACAUUUGCAGCCACCCCAUCUUCUAAAAAGCAUUUUAGUUACUCUACACAAUAAGACUGUUUCUUACUGUAUAGCACCAAGAACUCCACAGGACUACUACCUCCCCUUUCUAUUAAGGAAGACUUUAGGAAGGAGUUUAGAGGUUGGACUGGUGAUGAUUUUAGUCAUAUAUGAAGAUACUUAUUCAGUCAUGUGGCACCAAAUCCAAUUUGAUUUUAGAUUGUUUUGCGCCAUGAUAUCAGUGGUGGCAUAAUUGGAAGUUCAUUACUGUAUAAGGAAAUAUCAGAAUCAAAAUAACAGAGAUGGAAGGGACCAUUGAGAUUUCUAGCCCAACCCACUGUUCAAGCAGGAGAUUCUAUACCAUUUCGGUCUCUUCUUGAAAACUUCCAGUGAUAGAGUAUUAUAUUUAUAUAUGUAUUUUAUCAUUCAUGGAAUCAUAAAAAAAAGGAUAAUAGAUGGCAUUCUAGGCUGUCAGUACCAGGAUCUCCAUGUUCCAUUGUGUGCUAACAGAAACAGGUAUUUAAAAGUAUAUCUCAUAGAAAUUCUGCUAUACAUUUAUAUGAAGUGCCCAUGGAAGGAUUAUGGUCAUUCUAUAAAUUCACUGUAGAUCCUUUGAGAGGCUGCGUUUGUGUAGUCUUGAGCUAGAGAGGAAAUAGACAAAUAGCGCCAUUUUUAUAACAAAAUGUAUGGCAAAUUGGAUGGAUCUGUUUAGUGCUUAUGUACAGUGUAGGACAUCCUUGGAACCUUGUGCCCACUGCCUAUGAAAGUAAAUUAAUUUAUGUAGGAUAACAGAAGUUUAGAAUUAGUGUUAUGUAAUCACCUAAUGCAUAUUUCAGUCACUUCAAUCAUCAUAAACAACACCGAAUGUGUGAAUUUGUACUAGAAUAUUUUUUCAUACAAGGAAUGUACUAAAAGAUAUAUUGCUGUACUUCUAAUUCAUAUCAGACAGUAUUUCUUUAAAAAAAAAACUGAAUAAGAAAAAUGAAUAAUUCAUUGAAAGUGGUUUGGGAUUUCUGCAAAUAUUUCAUGAUGCAUUGGGUCAUCCUUUCAGAGAUGCUUGUUUACCUAAACAGAGAAACAGUAUGACCACGGAUGGGCAGAAAAGCAGAGGAAACGGGAGAGAUUUCCAACUUCCUGCCAGUUUCUCCACUGAUGUUGUGAGAAGCUGGAAAUCACUUCUCCUUCUCCUUGGCUGACCCUCAGAAUUGCCUGCCACUUUGUGGGGGGGGAGGGGAAGGGGUAACAAAAGGAGAUUCAGACCAUGAGGAAACCUGCAUCUCUGCUCCCCAUCCCAGCACAUCCCCAAGGGUUCCCUCCCUCCAGAGAGGAAGAGGGCUUCCCUUUUGAUCGUCAGUGUCUCCCAGUCAGCCCUAUCUUGCCAGCAGCAUCUAAAUCAGGGGUCUCUGACGGUGGCAACUUUAAGGCUGGAGGACUUCAACUCCCAGAAUUCCCCAGAAUUCUGGGAGUUGAAGUCCACCAGGCUUAAAGUUGCCAUGGUUGGAGACCUCUGAUCUAAAUCACUCCCUCCUCCUUCCCUUGCUGCCAACUCCUAUUAAGAAAUUUCAAAGUUUAGCCUGGGUUCCAAAGCAGCCAAUUGCCACUUGCCUGUUGGUCCUUGCUACCAGCUAACUGGGUGCAGGGACUAGAGGGAGGUGGGAAAGAGGGUGGGGAUCCAGCCCUCUCAACUUCCCUUUUGCCAUACACUUUACAAGUUUCUCCUAAGUGUGAUCAGAAGGAUAGUGGCACUGAAGUAGCCACAAGUCCCCCCCCCCCAAAUUUCAUUCCGACAGUAGUCAUGAGUCCUGGCAUUCUGUAAAUUAACCCAUUUGAAUUACCUUGGUUCAAUAAUUGUGGCCCUAUAUCUCCCAAUUUUGCCCAAUUGGAAGUUACAUACAAACAGACACACGAGUUUUAGUAGUACAUAGACAUGAGGUGCUUCUUCAGAUACAUUAUGUAAUUAUGUAGACAUGUAUUGUGCAGUAUGUAUCAUUGAUUUCCAAGAUUUGUUGUUCAGAAAGCCUUAAAACACUUGUUUUCCUCAGGAUUAAAAACUGUUUGUAACUCCUCCAUGUACAAGUCAUAAAAGUGAUAUAAUUUGUGAAAGAAAACAUUGAAACCUAGGUCAAAGAUUUGUAUGUUCUCUUCCCAUAGCACUAAGCUAGCAUGCACCAUAAGGAAGUAUAUACUUUGAGUAUAUACUGUUGUUGUGUUAGAAAUCACAAGGGUUUAAUAUAAAUGGAUGACAUGCAUAUUGUGUGCAGAUCCUAACUGGAGUGGGGAGAAUAUUUUUCACUUUGAGAACUGGGAGGCGGGGAAUCCUUAUAUGAGAAUUAAUCAUACUUUUUAUCAUUGUUAAAAAAAAAGUUACUUUAAGAAAAAGGAAAAGAAAAAUGCACUGUGCUCUGAUUCUGAAAUCUUACUACUGUUUUAUAAAUAAAUGUUUAAAGUAAUGGACUGGAACAGAGGGGAAACAAUCAUUAAAUUUAUUUAUUUAA